AUGACAUCUCAACGAACACCUAUCUUCACCGCUAGUCGGUUGCAAAUAUGCACAUAUUUGUUUGGAGUUUGCCCCUUUUCAAUUGCAUUUCUAGUUUUCCUCAAUUCGUCUGUUUCCUUUGUUGUCACGGAACUUCUUGGCCUUGACGGGGGGGAAGGCGAUGCUGUCGGGACUUUAGGCUUCGCAGAUGAGCUGCUCGCUUUGGUUGCUUGUCCCCUCUGGGGAGGGCUCUCAGAUCGAAUUGGAGUCCGUAACGUUUGCGUGGCUGGUUAUGGAAUCAUCGCCAUCGCACUGGUUGUUUUUGUUCAAGCAAAGAAUGUUUAUCCUCAGCUUCUCUUAGGACGUUUGCUCUUCAGUCUUGGAGGCGCAGCGGUAUCGACCAUGGUCACGGCCGUGCUUCCGGCUGUGGUCGGACCAUCAUUACAGUCACAGCCCACUGUAUCGAGUCGUGUGGCUGAGAGAGCGCCGUCCUCCAAGCUAGCUGGAUAUGUUGGAAUGUGCGCUGGAAGCGGUGCACUAGUUGCCCUCCUCGUCUUUCUACCUCUGCCAUCUCGACUUCAGCAGGGGGGAGUCUCACCACCACAAUCCAUUAAAUAUAGCUACUAUGUCGUUGCGAUCGUGUCUCUGUUGGUUGCUGUCUUCUGUUCUGUAGGGUUGCGGCACCUUCCUGGGGAGGAGGGCAAAGCCUGGAGUUCUUUAUGGGCUCGGGGCCGACAUGAAAGGCCGGAGGACACUUGUGCGAGUGAUGACCGAGAUACCGAUUAUAGCAAGCGACACUUGCCGUACUUCCAGCAGCUUGGCGCUGCGCUGAUGUUAGGGUUCCAUAACAGCGACAUUCUCCUCGGCUAUGUGGGCGGUUUCGUGGCUCGGGCAUCAUCUGUCGGAAUCUCGUUAUUCAUUCCUCUAGCGGUCAAUCACUACUAUCUACAGUCUGGUCUAUGCCAGGGCAACAACCGGGAUGGAGCGGGCUCGGAUGCUGUUAAGCAAUCAUGCCGUAAAGCUUAUGUGCUGGCUUCGAUUCUGACCGGAGUUUCUCAGCUCAUCGCGUUGGUGGCGGCGCCGAUUUUUGGGUAUAUAUCAGAGCGGUCGCGGCAAUAUCCGAUGCCCCUGCUAGGGGCAUGUGUGGCAGGGGUGGUCGGCUAUAUCACAUUCGCGCUGCUUCCCAGUCCAGACUUCAGAGGGCCCCACGGUAGUCCUGGCGUCUUCCUUGUGAUGGGGUUGGUUGGGCUCAGUCAGAUUGGGGCCAUUGUCUGCAGCUUGUCUGUCCUCAGCACCGGAAUACUCCGUGAGACCGACGACGACCUGUUGUCGGCCGAUGAGAUUGAAGGCGACCAAGAGGAGCAGGCUUUGUUGACCUCAGCUACGGAACAAAACCAGCAGCCCCUGGCGCACCUGAGAGGUUCAAUCGCUGGAGUGUAUUCCCUGUACGGCGGCGCAGGCAUUUUGGUCCUGACCAAGGUCGGAGGAUUACUAUUCGAUGUCCUCUCGUCGGGGGCUCCGUUCUACAUCCUAGCAAGCUUCAAUGGAUUUUUGCUCCUGGCGGGAAUAGCCUGUGGGGUUGUUAGGCACUCGAAGACCCGCUAG